GGCGGGCGGAGCUAAGGAGGAGGAAAUGCUACAGUUGGCUGGUUUGCUCUCAAGAAAACCGGCGACGAGCAUCCACACCCGGCAGAGUGAUCAUCCACAUCCCUGCUUUCAAUUCACCAUUACCUAAAACAACAAACAAAAGCAAAAAUACACCGCCUUUCUUUAACAUACACGCGUCAGCUGAUCAUAAAACAAGCGACUCUUGUAUGCUGCAGUUUCUACCGGAGAGGAGACUAACGGUAAAGACAAACGGGAUGGAGACGCAGAUACAUGUGCCGGUGGGGUCGCCGUUUAUUCGUAAAAUCCCUAUUUUUGUGGACGAACACAAUGUGACGGAGGGGGCGAUGAAGCUCAUUAAAGACCUGAGACCGGCGUGGGACGCGAACCGGGUCAAAACCAAGCUCUUCACAGAUGGAACCACCAACAAACUGGUGGGCUGCUACGUGGAGGACAGGCCCGAGGAUGUGGUCCUGGUCAGAGUUUACGGGAACAAGACGGAGCUGUUUGUGGACAGGGACAAUGAGCUGAAUAGCUUCCAGGUGCUACAUGCUAAUGGUUGCGCUCCUCGCCUCUACUGCUCAUUUCAAAAUGGCAUCUGCUACGAGUUCAUGCAGGGGGACGCUCUGGGGACGCAGGAUGUCAGGGAUCCUUCUUUGCUCAGAAUGAUCGCUGGGGAGAUGGCUCGUAUCCACGCCAUCCACGCACACAACGGCUGCAUCCCCAAACCCAACCUCUGGAUCAAGAUGAGGAAGUACUUCUCCCUCGUGGCCACCGAGUUCACCGACCAAGCGUCCAACAUCAGGAUCCAGCAGGAGGUUCCCAGUAAGGCGGUGCUGGAGCAGGAGAUGGUUUGGAUGAAGGAGCAUCUCUCCACUCUGGGUUCUCCGGUGGUUCUCUGCCACAACGACCUGCUCUGCAAGAACAUCAUCCACAACAGCAAAGAGGGUCAUGUUCGCUUCAUAGACUACGAAUACUCCAGCUACAACUACCAGGCCUUCGACAUCGGCAACCACUUCAAUGAGUUUGCAGGAAUGGCGGAGCCGGACUUCGGGCUGUAUCCGAGCCGGGAGAUGCAGAUGGACUGGCUGAGAGUUUACCUUAAGGCCUACAAACAAAAAGCGGAGGUCAGCGAGCGGGAGCUAGAGACACUCUACGUACAGGUCAACAAGUUUGCUCUGGCUUCUCACUUCUUCUGGGGCUUCUGGGCGCUCAUCCAGGCCAAAUACUCCACCAUCGACUUUGACUUCCUGGGGUACGCUGUGCUACGUUUCAACCAAUACUUUGAGACCAAACCUGCACUGAUGGCUCUGCAGAUCCCAGAAUGAGGGACGGGGGGAGAGAGAGGCAGACAGGAGGGUGAGACAGGUUUCCUGCUGCCACUUCCUGUGGGGCGGGAACUCUUCUGUGAGCCAGCUGUCGAUGCAGCGCUGCUCCGUCUACCCGGCUUCCUUUUUUCCCGCAACAAGCGCAAUUACUCUGCUCUGCGACUUACCUCUCGCUCGAGAGCGAUACAACUUCCAUUGGGUCCUGUGUGUAUGUGUGUGAGAGAACGCUUGUGUAUGUUUCUUAAUUUAUCAUGAUGAAGCCCUCUUCCAGAAGCUGAACUAGGCGCAGAAGUGUGACUUUAGGGUAGACACAGCAGACUUGAGUUAUGUCUGUCUCUGGGGGAAUGUUCCACAGCGCUGGUUAUGAAGGUCAGAAGAGGGACGAUUUGAUGCACAUAGUUUGUCCGUCUCUCCGUGUCCAUGGCAUUUCAUCUUGCACUCCUCCCAUUUUGCAUAUGUGUGUGUGAUGAGACCAUUCCUCUUCCUGUCUGCAGACAUUUCAACUCCUAAUCCUUCCUCUUUUUACUCCAGCUUUGAUGCCAAGUAUUCCUCUACUGCAUCAAACACUGUCGUCAUUCCUCUGAUUUAUUUUCUUUGUGUUGUUGCAGUUUGAGCUCCUGUCAGUUCCUCUUGAUGUAGUCCAUGCAAACUGCUGCUGCGUGUGUGUGUGUGUGUGUGUUGUGUGUGUGUGCGUGUGGUGUGUGUGUGUGUGUGUGUGUUGUGUGG